UUCUUCGAUCAAAAUCACACUACUCAACUCAACCAACCACUUGUUUACACAUCCUUAACAGCUCACAUGGAAAGAUGGAUUCGAUAGCCACCCCCAGCAAACCGAACCCAUCCAUUCCGCUUACUCCGGCUGGUCGCCCAUCUCAAGCCGACGAUAAUCAACUGUUCGAAACUCAGGUCUUGAUCGAUCAUAUCAACAAAGUCCUCCUUCUCAUCCUCAAUGCCACCCAAUCCCAGAUCGACUCAUCACCUCUCUUCUCAACCUCCGCUUCGAUCGACCGUCUUACUAGAUUUGGAACCGAUUCAAACUGUCGAGUGAUCUAUCUAUACAAGAAUCGUGAACAAAACACAAUCAGCAGCACUAACAACAACUCCAACAACACCACCACCACCACCAAUCCCAACAACAGCAAUGAUCAAGAGAACGCGUUCUCCUUCGUUUACUCUCUCAAAUUCGAGAUGGACUAUAACUCAAACGUCCACACCACCCUCGUCUUACUCAAACGGGUACCAACACUCGAUUGCUCUCGUCCAUUAGAUAAUCAACUCCACUUCCUCAACCUAUUCGGUCCAGCUUCCAAUCAAAUUGGAUUGACUACCGCCAAUCAAGAUGGUACUACUGAAAAUUCAAAAGAGAUCAUCAAACCCUCAACGAUCACCUCCAGUCAGUCAAAUCCUUACGAAGAGCUCCACAACCUUGUCCAUCUAGCCGUCGCCCCUUUCUUCGAUGCAUACGUCAACAGCAAGAGCAAGUCCAAAAACAUCAACGAUACCUCGAUCAACACACCCAACAAACAGAUCACUGGGCCUGAUCUCACCCGCUCAAACCAAACCGGUAACCCAGCCACCAGCAACGCUGUCACCGGUAAUAAUCCAAGCAACAACAACUCAACCAGUAAAGCUACCGGCAAUAAGGAUGACAGUAAGAUGGGCAUCCCGAUGACCAAAAAGAAAUUCGCAGAAUUAGAACUCUCCCUAUUACAUUUACAACAGAACGUAGAAAUCCCUGAGAUCACAUUGAUCAUCCAUCCGGUCAUCUUGAGCUUGAUCGACAAAGCCCGCCAAUCGCAAAAUUCCGAUUCCAUCAAUCAAUACAACAGCAACUUAAACCAGCAGAUCUUGGAGUUCUUAGACCCUAGCUUACUCCAAGACGAUAAAUUCUUGAAUAAGUUGCAAUCGUUAGUCAACACCUGGAUCAAAGAGAUCCAAAAUGUCACCACUUUGAAUCGGGACGUUGAAUCGGGUACGGCCUCCCAGGAGAUUAACUUUUGGCUAUCGAUGGAAAAAGCGCUUCAAGGUGUAGAAGAACAGCUCAAAUCCGAGCCGAUCACGUUGACGUUAGAAAUUCUCAAAACCGCUAAGAGAUAUCACACGACCGUAUCCUUCUUAGCUGACACAGGACUCAAAGAGGCUAGCGAUAAUGUGCACAAGUACAAUCUUUUGAUGAAGGAUUUUCCGCUCAACGAGUUAUUAGCGGCUACUGAUCUGGAUAAGAUCCAAGAUUCGUUGGUUCAAAUAUUCGGACACAUCAAUAAAAAGCUGAAAAUCUCACCAUAUCCGAUUCGACGAGCCCUUCCUUUGGCUGAAGCGAUCUCCAAGGACUUAACCGAAUCGCUGCUCAAGGUGCUGACGAGCCACAGGUUAAUGUACAUGGAGCACGACUCGUUUUCGAAAAUUAUGUCUGCUGCAGCUGCAGUUUUCCAAACCUGGGAGGAACAGAUCAAAGAUUUCACGACGAUCGCUCGAGAAUUAACUCGCAAACGAAACGAAAAGUUCAUUCCGAUCAAGAUCAACGCCUCACACGUUGAGCUCAAGAAGCGAUGCGAAUACUUGAAAGGCUUUCGAAAGCAACACGAGCAGUUAAGGAUCAUGACUGGUCGGGAUCAAGGUAUCAGCCGCUUGGACCUUGGCCCCAGCGUGGCUGUUGGCGGGCGAGACGCUGGAGGAAGUCAUCUUGGAGAACUGACGGAUUUGGAUAUGGAGGAAGAAGUUCGAGCCGCAUACGAGAGUGUCAAGAACGUUGAUGUUCUUGAUGCUUCCCCGGAGGGCACGCAGAUCUGGACGACAGCCGAGGCGGCGUAUAACGAGCGGGUUUCUCGUGUCGAAAAUCAAAUCAUCGCGCGAUUGAGAGCAAGACUUGGAUCGGCUCGAAACGCGACGGAAAUGUUUCGGGUUUUCUCAAAAUUCAAUUCGCUGUUUGUUCGUCCCAAAAUUCGAGGGGCCAUCCAAGAAUAUCAAACUCAACUCAUCGAAUCCGUUAAGGAAGACAUCAAUAGACUUCAUGAUAAAUUUCGUACACAGUAUCGACAUUCGGAGGCCUAUCCUAUGUCUCACCUUCGAGACAUACCACCCGUCGCCGGCGCAAUCAUUUGGGCUCGACAAAUUGAGCGGCAGCUAUUUACGUACAUGAAGCGGGUAGAAGAUGUGCUUGGACGGGGUUGGGAGAACUAUGCGGAAGGGUCAAGGCUCGCCAUGGACAGCAGUAACUUCCUCAAAAAGCUUGAUACCAAGCCUAUCUUCGAUCAAUGGGUACAAGAUUGGAAUAAGCGUAGCGUGAACAUCAGCGGCCCGAUCUUCGAAAUUCAAAGGAACCGGUCGACCGAGAUCUAUUCAUUGAUUGUUGCGUUCAACCCGGAUGUGAUCGUGAUUUUCAAAGAAGUUCGCAAUAUGGCCUGGCUCGGAUACAAUGUUCCUUAUCAAAUGAACUCCAGUGCCAAGGAUGCCAAGAAAGUUUAUCCCAACGCAGUCAGCUUGAUGGAAUCUAUUAGAACUUACACCCAGACCCUAACCAAAGUCCAUGACAGCGGGAUCUCGGAUCUGCUAGCCGAUUAUCGAAACGAACUCUGCCAACUAAUCAGUCGAGGCUUGAAUAUGAAGUGGGAAAACUUUGUCGGUUCGAUCUCUGACUUGAACGCGCCUGGGAGCUCGUUGAGUACGAGGAUUAAUAGUAGUAAUGAUCGCGAAUCGGGCGUUGGCCGACAAUCUAAUUACGUCAGAGAGUUGGCCAACAAAGUUAGCAUCUUUCAGGAACGCACCGACGAUUUAUUGUUCAUGUAUGAUGACUUGUUGAAAGUCAUUGACGAGUUGAAGACGUGCGAAUUCAGCUACAAAGUCUUCGCUCAACUGUUGAGCAAGAUCCAGAAAACAAUCGACGACUUGAGUGUGGCAGGAUACGUCAACUUACAGCAAUGGACAAAUGAAAUCGAUCACAAGAUCGAAAAGGUGUUUUUGGAACGGCUCGACUGCGUUAUGAGGGUUUGGAAUUACCAAUUUACGGCAAAGGGGAGUGGGACCAAGAACUUGAAUAGUGUCGAUUGGGCAGAAGCUGUGGGAGCAACCAGCCCGCGCAAUGAGAAGACCGUGAAAUUCAACCUGACGGCCAAAUCAACCAAUGCUGAUGAAGCUGCGAAUGCCAGAAAGAUGGAAACAGAUUUGAUCGUGACUCCACUGGUCCAUGAAAUCAGGAUCAAGAAUCAAGUCAUUUAUCUUGACCCGCCCGUCGAAUUCGCUCGUGCAAAUUGGUACAAACAGCUUCACCAAUGGCUAGGUGUCAUCUGUAAGCUGCCUCGUCUGCAGAGUCAACGAUAUGACCUGGGAUUAAAACUGCGCGAUGAGGACAACGGUGAAAAGACUUACUUAUCUUUGAUGGAGAAGUUCAGCCCUGAGACCCUUCAACGUCCAUACGCUCUAAUCGAGGAGAAAUUGGGCGAAAUCGCGCGCUAUGUGAACAAAUGGCUUCAAUUUCAAUCUCUAUGGGACCUGGAAGCUGAUUACCUCUAUGGAAGAUUGGGAGAGUCGCUAUCAGCGUGGCAGCAAACGCUCUCCGAGAUUCGAAAAACUCGUUCGACGUUUGACAACUCGGAAUCCUCGCAAGACUUUGGCGUGUGUGCUAUCAACUACGAGCAGGUUCAAGCCAAAGUAAAUGCCAAAUAUGACAUGUGGCAGAAGGACGUCCUCGUCCGUUUUGGAUCCAAACUAGGUUCAGUGAUGCGCGAGACUCAUGGUGCGAUUACGAAAUCUCGACACGAUUUAGAGCAUUAUUCAAUCGAAACUUCGUCAACCGCUCAAGCUGUUUCGUUCAUCACAUUUGUACAAGAUCUCAAACGAAAAGUCAAAAAAUGGGAACCUGAUAUCGAAAUCUUUGGCAGCGGAGAGAAAACCUUGCACCGUCAACGGUAUCAAUUCCCUAGUGAUUGGUUAUACGUCGAUCAAAUUGAGGGUGAAUGGAAUGUGUUCAAUGAACUCCUCAAGCGCAAGAAUUCGGCGAUUCAAGACCAAUUAGCUGGCCUACAAAUGAAGAUUGUGGCGGAAGAUAAAGUUGUUCAAAGCAAGAUCGAAGCCUUGCUGGCAGACUGGGAUAAAGAAAAACCGAUCAGUGGGGAACUGAAGCCGGACGUCGCAAUGAAUUCAAUCAACAAUUUCCAAACACGAGUACAACGACUUCAAGAUGAAUAUAAACUUGUCUGUCGAGCCAAGGAGGCCCUUGAUCUGGAACACAUUUCGAACGACCGCCUCGAUCCAGUGGCCGAAGAAAUUUCGGAUCUUAAGGCGGUUUGGACUGCUCUCUCUGGAAUUUGGGCUCAACUAGGCGAACUUCGGGAAACAACAUGGUCCUCAGUUACUCCCAGGAAGCUUCGCCAAUCUCUCGAAGCUUUACUUGCCAACACCCGAGAGAUGCCUAGUAAGAUGCGGCAAUAUCAAGCUUUUGAGUAUGUUCAAGAACGAAUCAAGUUCAACCAAAAAAGUGUUGCACUUGUUGGUGAGCUCAAGUCCGAUGCGCUACGAGAGAGACACUGGAAGUUACUUUACAAGAAUCUCAGGCUCUCUGGUCACUACGCGCCUUCUCAAAUGACGUUGGGGACAAUUUGGGACAUGGAUCUUAAGAAAAAUGAAGGAAUCAUACGUGAGGUUUUGGCUCAGGCAGCAGGGGAGGUCGCCUUGGAAGAGUACAUCAAGCAGGUCAAAGAGACUUGGGAAGGAUAUGUCUUGGAUUUGGUCAACUACCAAAACAAGACACGCCUUAUCCGUGGAUGGGACGAUCUGUUCAACAAGCGCAGUGAGCAUAGCAGUGCCCUGACACAAAUGAAACUCUCGCCUUAUUACAAGACUUUCGAAGAGGAUGCAACGAUUUGGACUGAUCGCUUGAACCGGAUGAGUGAAAUAUUCGACAAAUGGAUAGAUGUUCAACGCCAAUGGGUGUACCUUGAAGGUAUUUUUUCCGGCAAUGCCGACAUCAAACACCUGCUUCCCAAUGAAAGUAACCGGUUCAACAACAUCAACGCCGAAUACCUUGGCCUCAUGAAAAGGGUCUUCAAAUUGCCAUACGUCUUGGAUGUGAUACAGAUACCUGAGGUCCUCAAAACUCUGGACAAACUGGUUGAAUCUCUGAGUAAAUUACAAAAGGCUUUAGGCGAGUAUCUGGAACGUGAACGAUCGUCCUUCCCUCGGUUCUACUUUGUGGGAGAUGAAGACUUGCUCGAAAUCCUUGGCAACAGCAAGGACAUCCUUCGAGUAGUUAAACAUCUUAAAAAAAUGUUUGCCGGGCUUUCUACGUUGACCUUUGAUCCGGACGUUACUCAAAUCGAGAAGAUGUGCUCGCGUGAAGGGGAAGAAGUCCCUUUCUCAGCUCCAAUUGUCUUGAAAGACUACCCAAAGAUUAACGAUUGGCUGACCCGACUCGAGAUGCAGAUGCAGGCCUCACUCGCAGAGUUGCUCUGCAAAGCUGUUGAUGAAUUGACUAUGUUUUACACUCAAGGUGAAACCCUCGAAAAAGAAAAAUUCCUUCAAUGGAUUGAAUCGUAUCCAGCCCAAUUGGUCGUCUUGGCAAUCCAGAUCAUGUGGACUCAGACGAUUGACAAUGCACUGCAAAACAAGGUUGCUUUAUCAGCCCCACUUCAAACUGUCUUGCGAACGUUGGACUUACUGGCGUUUGUAGUCUUAGGCGAACUCAAUCCGGUGAUGCGAAGGAAAUGUGAACAUCUAAUAACCGAAUUAGUUCAUCAGAGAGAUGUGAUACGUUUGCUUAUUAAAGACCAGGUUGACACAAUUACCCGGUUUGAAUGGCUUUAUCACAUGCGCUUUUAUCUUGAUCCAUCAGUUUCCAAUCCAACCGAUCGACUCUCAAUUCACAUGGCAAAUGCAACAUUUCCUUACGGAUUCGAAUACCUUGGAGUUCCAGAUCGACUGGUACAAACUCCUCUGACUGAUCGAUGUUAUCUUACUCUCACUCAAGCAUUACAUGGUCAAUUGGGAGGUUCGCCUUUUGGACCAGCUGGGACUGGUAAAACUGAGUCAGUCAAAGCUCUUGGAGUCCAGUUGGGUCGAUUUGUGCUUGUCUUCUGCUGUGAUGAGACAUUCGACUUCCAAGCUAUGGGCCGAAUCUUUGUUGGACUCUGUCAAGUUGGCGCCUGGGGUUGUUUUGAUGAGGCCAAUCGAUUGGAGGAAAGAAUCCUCAGUGCUGUGUCUCAACAGAUCCAAAGCAUUCAACAGGGACUCAAGGCUGCCUCAGUGGACCCCAACGCAGAGGUAGAACUAGUUGGAAAAACACUGAAAAUCAAUCCACAUACUGGAAUUUUCAUCACCAUGAAUCCUGGGUAUGCUGGUCGAUCAAACUUGCCAGAUAAUUUGAAGAAACUAUUCAGAAGUAUGGCCAUGACUCGACCGGACCGAGAAUUGAUUGCCCAGGUCAUGUUGUUUUCUCAAGGAUUCCGUACAGCUGAAACCCUUGCCUCAAAAGUGGUUCCGUUUUUUAGCUUGUGUGAUGAGCAGCUGUCCAAGCAGCCCCACUACGAUUUUGGAUUACGGGCCCUCAAGGCAGUUCUCACAAGUGCAGGUCAUUUGAAGCGUGGCCGGUUGCAAAUCGAAAGCUCCAUGGCUGCUACUAGCAAUAUCACUGAUUCUUCCGACAGUCGUGCUGAACAAGAGAUUUUGAUUCAAAGUGUCACUGAGACCAUUGUUCCAAAAUUGGUUGCUGAUGAUGUGCCUCUGCUCACCAGUUUAUUGGCCGACGUCUUCCCCGGUAUUGAGUACAGUCCAAGUGACCUGGAUGGACUGAAGGCGCACAUCCGUGCUGUUGCAGCCGAACUUCACCUGGUUGUGGGUGAUGUGUGGUUCCAAAAAGUUCUCCAGCUAUACCAAAUCCAGAACAUUCAACACGGUCUGAUGAUGGUUGGGCCGUCGGCUACCGGAAAGACUCAAGCGUGGAGGGUUCUCUUGGCGGCGCUUCAACGACUCGAAGGCCGUGAGGGUGUCUCCUAUGUCAUUGAUCCCAAAGCAAUUUCUAAAGAAUCCCUCUACGGUACUCUUGAUCCGACUACACGUGAAUGGAAUGACGGUCUCUUUACUAACAUCCUCAGAAGAAUCAUUGACAACGUGCGUGGUGAAGAUGCCAAACGACACUGGAUUAUUUUUGAUGGUGAUGUGGAUCCGGAGUGGGUUGAGAACUUAAACAGUGUUUUAGACGAUAACAAGUUACUCACCUUGCCUAACGGAGAGCGACUAAAUCUGCCAAGUAAUGUCCGAAUCAUGUUUGAGGUCGAAUCUUUGAAACACGCUACUUUGGCCACCGUCAGUCGUUGUGGAAUGGUUUGGUUUAGUGAAGACGCCGUCACGCCAGACAUGUUCUACGAGAAUUAUCUCAAGACAACCCAUGACGUAGCUUUGGACGCUAUCGCGGAUGAUAUAUUGAUGGAUGCUCCGACCCGUAAACAAGAUAACUCUGGGGAGGUGCCAGACAACUUAAUCACUCAGCGUUCGAUCAUCGAUGUUUUGUCAACAUACUUCCAACCUGACGGUCUUGUCACUGGUGCACUCGAAUUUGCCGCUGGAGUUGAUCACAUCAUGGAAUUCACCGUGGCUCGCGCUGUAUCGACUCUCUUUUCUUUGAUCAACAAAACCAUCAGGAAUGUUUUGGAUUACAAUGCCCGACAUAACGAUUUUCCCUUGCCAAUGGAGAAGGUUCGAGCUUAUUCCCAAAAGCGUCUCUUGGUUGGGAUCGUUUGGGCAUUCACUGGUGAUUCCAAACUCGAAACACGUGCCCAGAUGGGCGACUUUCUACGCGAUCACUCUGGUUUAGAUAUGCCCCCGUUGGGCGGCCUCGAGGCUUCGCUAAUCGACUAUGACGUGCAAGUGGCCUCUGGUGACUGGGAGCCGUGGAAGAACUCAGUUCCGGUCGUCGAUAUCGAUACUCAUCAAGUGACUUCUUCUGAGGUGGUCAUUCCGACUUUAGAUACUGUUCGCCAUGAAGAAGUACUGUAUUCAUGGCUCUCCGAACACAAACCUUUGAUGCUCUGCGGCCCCCCUGGAUCUGGAAAAACUAUGACACUGUUCAGUGCACUGCGUAAGCUUCCUGAUAUGGAUGUUGUCGGACUGAACUUCUCGAGCGCUACUACACCUGAACUGGUCCUCAAGACUUUUGACCAGCAUUGCGAGUAUAAGAAAACGCCAAAUGGAGUCGUUUUAGCUCCCGUGCAAAUUGGCAAGUGGAUUGCAGUCUUCUGCGACGAGAUCAACUUGCCAGCUGCCGACAAAUACGGUACCCAAAAGGUCAUCUCGUUUCUAAGACAGUUAGUUGAAGGAGGCGGAUUCUGGAGGCCAUCUGAUAAAACCUGGAUCCGACUCGAACGAAUCCAAUUUGUUGGUGCUUGUAACCCUCCAACUGAUCCUGGUCGAGUGGUCCUCACACAACGGUUUUUGCGACACGCACCCCUCGUGAUGGUCGAUUAUCCUGGUGAAGCAUCAUUGAAACAGAUUUACGGUACCUUCAACCGAGCCGCUUUGAAAGUUGUCCCCAACUUGCGAGGCCACGCUGAUCCACUAACUUCAGCUAUGGUCGAAUUUUAUCUGGCUUCUCAAAAGCGUUUCACCUCUGAUAUUCAAGCUCACUACAUUUACAGUCCUCGUGAGUUGACGAGAUGGGUUCGAGGGAUCUAUCAAUCUAUCAAACCUUUAGAAACGCUCUCCUUGGAAGGACUCGUUCGAGUUUGGGCCCACGAGGCAUUACGGUUGUUUUCGGAUCGAUUGGUCUCGGAGGAUGAAAAGCGAUGGACAGACGAACAGAUUGAUGCGAUGGCGAUUCAGCAUUUUCCCAGUCUCAAUCAGAGUGAGGCCCUUGCUCGCCCGAUUCUCUUCUCCAAUUGGACUUCCAAACAUUACAUUAGUGUCGAUCGAGACGAAUUACGUGAUUACUCGAAGGCAAGACUGCGCGUGUUUUACGAAGAGGAACUCGACGUCCCAUUGGUAUUAUUCAACGAUGUACUCGACCAUGUUUUGAGAAUUGAUCGUGUAUUUCGCCAAGUCCAAGGUCAUCUGUUGUUGAUCGGUGUCAGCGGAAGCGGCAAAACUACGCUAUCCCGAUUUGUUGCCUGGAUGAAUGGCUUGAGUGUUUUCCAAAUCAAAGUUCACAAUAAAUAUACAGCUGAAGACUUCGACGAUGAUUUGAGAAAUGUUUUGCGUCGGUCUGGUUGCAAAGCCGAAAAAAUCUGUUUCAUUAUGGAUGAAUCAAACGUACUCGAUUCUGGAUUUCUCGAACGAAUGAACACUCUCUUGGCUAAUGCUGAAGUGCCCGGUCUCUUCGAAGGCGAUGAACAUGCCGCGCUGAUGACAGCUUGUAAAGAAGGGGCCCAGCGUGAUGGCGUCAUGUUGGACUCGCCUGAUGAGCUCUACCGAUGGUUUACUCAACAAGUGGCCAAAAACCUUCACGUCGUGUUCACCAUGAACCCACCGGAAAAUGGCCUGGCUUCACGGGCGGCCACCUCCCCUGCUUUGUUCAAUCGUUGUGUGCUGGAUUGGUUUGGAGAUUGGUCCGAUCAGGCGUUUUACCAGGUUGGCAUGGAAUUCACGAGCACUUUGGAUCUCGAUACGAGUCAAUACGCACCACCAGCCAACUUCCCAGUGGUCUAUCGCCAGCUAUCACUUCCCCCCGUCCAUCGAACAGCCAUCAUCAACGCCUUGGUCGCUGUUCACAUGUCGAUGUACGAGACUAAUCGUCGCUUAGCCCGCCGACAAGCGCGGUUCAAUUAUGCAACUCCUCGACAUUAUCUUGAUUUUAUUAGUAAUUAUGUUAAAUUAUUUAAUGAGAAAAGAGACGAUCUGGAGGAACAACAACGGCAUUUGAACAUUGGAUUAGACAAGCUGCGUGAUACGGUGAUUCAGGUUGAAGAAAUGCGACAGAGCUUGGCCAUCAAACGAACUCAACUGGCCGAAAAGGAAAAGGAAGCUGAGUCGAAAUUAGCCCAAAUGCUGGCCGAUCAAAAGGAAGCCGAGUCCAAGAGGCAAGCUUCAAUUCAAAUUCAGGCUGCCCUCGAACAACAAAAUAAAGAUAUCGCCGAACGUCGAUCAGUAGUCAUGGCGGACUUGGCAGAUGCUGAACCGGCCGUCGAAGAAGCCCAAGCUGCCGUCAGUAACAUCAAGAAGCAGCAUUUGACUGAAGUCAGAUCGAUGGCCAAUCCCCCUGAGGCUGUCAAGCUAGCCAUGGAAUCCGUUUGCACCAUCUUGGGACAUCGAAUUGAUAGCUGGAAAACUGUUCAAGGAAUCAUUAGGAAGGACGACUUCAUCGCAAGUAUCGUGAACUUUGACACUGACCGUAGAAUGACUCGCCAGCUCCGCGAGAAGAUGAAUGCCGACUUUUUGUCCCGACCUUCGUUCAAUUUCGAUACCGUUAAUCGAGCUAGUAAGGCUUGUGGUCCGUUGUGCAAGUGGGUUAUAGCCCAAGUCAAAUUCUCCGAAAUCCUAGAUAAAGUAGGACCACUUCGUAACGAAGUAAAUUCGUUGGAAGAACAGGCUGCUACUACUCAAGAAAAAGCGGCGACGAUUGUUACGAUGAUUGCGGAGCUUGAGAGCAGUAUUGCUAGAUAUAAACCCGAAUACGCUACAUUAAUUGGUGAAACUGAAUCGAUCAAACAAGAAAUGAAUCGGGUCGAGUCAAAAGUAGAACGUAGUAUCACUCUUCUAGAAAGUUUAGGAUCCGAAAAAACUCGAUGGGAGGCAGGUAGUGCUACUUUCGACACUCAAAUGAGUACCAUCGCCGGGGAUGUGCUCUUGUCGGCGGCAUUUAUGACUUAUGGUGGAUUCUUCGAUCAAUCUUAUCGUCAUUCAAUGUGGGAAGGAUGGGUCGAUCAUCUAAAUCAAGCCAAUCUGAAGUACAAGGCUGAAUUGUCCCUGACUGAAUAUCUAUCCACUGCCGACGAUAGACUAGACUGGCAAUCAAAGUCCCUCCCUGCAGAUGACUUGUGCACCGAGAAUGCCAUCAUGCUGCAUCGUUUCAACCGUUACCCUCUGAUCAUCGAUCCCUCCGGUCAAGCAACUAAUUUCCUCAUUAAUGAGUACCGUGAUCGGAAGAUGACCGUGACAAGCUUCUUGGACGAAGCAUUCGUCAAAAGUUUGGAGAGCGCUUUACGAUUUGGGACCCCGUUAUUGAUUCAAGACGUGGAGCAUUUGGACCCCAUCUUAAAUGCUGUCUUGAACAAGGAAUUGCGACGAGCUGGUGGCCGUGUCUUAAUACGACUGGGCAAUCAGGACAUUGACUUCUCACCUUCAUUCACUAUGUUCUUGUCAACUCGAGAUCCAUCUGUCGAAUUCUCUCCGGAUAUCUGCAGUCGAGUGACUUUUGUCAACUUCACGAUGACCAGAAGCAGUCUGCAAUCACAAUCUUUGAACCAAGUUUUGCAAGCUGAACGUCCAGAUACUGACAAAAAAAGAACCGAUUUGAUGAGGUUACAAGGCGAAUUCAAGCUUCGAUUGAGGCACUUGGAGAAAUCACUUUUACAGGCUCUCAGUGAAUCAACCGGUAACAUACUGGAUGAUGAUAAAGUCAUCGUCACUCUGGAGACUCUCAAACGUGAAGCAGCUGAUGUGGCAAAGAAGGUAGAAGAGACUGAUAUUGUCAUGCAAGAAGUCGAUCAAGUGACGGCUGAAUAUCUCCCGUUGGCGCAAGCAUCCAGCUCGAUAUUUUUUGUUCUUGAACAGCUCAAUGUCCUCAACCAUUUCUACCAAUUCUCACUUCGAUAUUUCUUGGACAUCUUUGAGUUUGUUUUGUUACGCAAUCCAAAUCUCUUGCAAGUCCAAGACCCAAAGGAACGGCUUGCGGUACUAUUAAACGAUAUUUUUGUAGUGACUUUCAAACGGACGUCCAGAGCACUCCUCCAUCGUGAUCAUCUAAUGCUUGCGAUGCUGUUGGCUCAGCUGAAAUCUCGAGGUUUGGGUAAUGAGAUCGACGAUGAUGAGUACUCGUUUUUGCUCGAGGGUGGUAGCGAUCGUACUGGCAGGCAUCCCCCGACAAGCUUCCCGUUCCUUCCGGCGGAGCAACAGGUUCACUUGCAAGCGUUCCAACGACUGGCUUGCUUCAAAGAUGCGAUUGAUCACAUGUCGACUCAACCUGAAGCUUGGGAGAUCUUUGUUAAUUCAACCUGCCCUGAAAACGCUGUGCCUAAUGUUUGGCCCGAAGCUUCACCUGGCGUCGACUCGAUUCGCCGGUUGUUACUAUUGAAGUGCUUCCGGCCUGACAGGAUGCUUGCAGCGAUUGCCAUCUAUGUCAGCAAAGUUUUCAAUACUGACAUCUUGGCGGAAUCGUCGUACAAUUUUGACUCGGUGGUCACAAGCGAAAUCAACUCCUCGACGCCCGUCUGCCUAUGCUCUGUACCAGGAUACGAUGCUAGUUACCGAGUGGAAAACCUGGUGGCAUCUACCAAAGCACGAUGCGCUUCGAUUGCAAUGGGCUCACAGGAAGGGUACCGAUUGGCUGACCAGGCCAUUGCAGCUGCCAUCCGAACUGGGUCGUGGGUUUUGCUGAAGAACGUGCAUUUAGCUGCCAGCUGGCUCAGUCAGUUGGAAAAGCGUCUCCAAUCAUUGAAUCCACCCAAAGGAUUCAGGUUGUUCUUGACCAUGGAGACCAACUCUGGAAUCCCCGUCAACAUCCUUCGUCAAUCCAUGGUGAUCAUGAAUGAGCCACCGCCUGGAAUUCGUGCUAACCUGGUCGAUUGUUUGAAGAGUAUUUCCCCUUCCCGUUUGGCCGCCGGGCCGAAUGAGAAGGUUCGACUGUACUUCCUACUUGCAUGGUUCCAUGCUGUGGUUCAGGAGCGAUUGCGGUACUGUCCACUUGGAUGGUCCAAGAUUUACGAAUUCAAUGACUCCGAUUUGGAGGCCGCUAUGUCGAUGAUUGAUUCCUGGAUGGUCGCCACUGCAAAAGGAAAAGCCAAUAUUGACCCGGCUCAAUUACCAUGGGCCGCAUUGCGAGUCUUAUUGAAACAAGCCGUUUACGGGGGCCGAGUUGAUUCAGACUGGGACCAGAAACUACUCGACAGUUUUGUCGAUACUCUCUUCAAUCCGAGCGCCUUCGAAGUUGGCUAUCAUCUCGUCAAUCCGAUUGCCGAUAAGGAAGGUCUUAUCAUUGCUGAAGGUGCGCGACUUGAACAUUUUAUCUCGUGGGCUCAAGCUUUGCCGGAACGAGAGCCCCCUCAUUGGCUCAGUCUGCCACCCAAUGCCGAAGCUCUAAUCUCGACGACUCAAGGUUCGGAAAUCUUAUCACGUUUACUCAAGAUGAGACGCACGGACGAGGACGAGUCGGUGGGUGAGGCGCUCAACCAAGCCAAGGCUUCGAGCUCCUCGAGUCAACCGGCAUGGAUGCGACAGUUAGAGACUACCGCCAAGGAAUUCUUAAAGAACUUGAAUGAAAACUUGCCGAGUUUGGACGCCAAAGGGAACGAUAUCAAUGAUCCCCUAUUCAGAUUCUUCGAGCGAGAGGUCUCGCUCGGUCAGAAACUUUUGGGGGUAAUCCGGAAAGAUUUGAAUGAAUUGAUCGGAGUUUGUAAUGGUGAAAUCAAACAGACUAAUCACUUGAGAAGCUUGAUUGGUGAAAUUACCAAAGCUUUGAUACCUGGUCAUUGGAAGCGAUAUAAAGUCAAUCCAACCAUGUCGCUUACUCAAUGGAUAUCUAACUUUGUGAAUCGGAUUCAACAAUUGACUCGGAUUGUUCAGUCCAACAACUUCACCGAAUCAAUUUGUUUAGGAUUACUCUUUUUCCCGGACGGAUUCUUGACCGCAACCCGGCAAUUUGUUUCUCAUCAGACUAAGAUCUCCUUGGAAGAAUUAAAGUUACAGCUUUAUUUAGAUUACGAGGAUUCUUUAUCAGUUGAGAUUGAAAGCAAUGGGUUCCGACUCGAAGGGUUGAUUAUCCAAGGAGGGUGCUUGAAAGAAUCCAGAAUAGAAUUGAACGAAGGUAGUGAUUACACACCGAGUCGGACGAUCUUGAAAUGGACUAAAGGAUCCAAAUCGCAAGAAACUCAAGACGGUGCAGACAAAAUCAGUCAACAACGAUCGGUCGACUUGCCGAUCUAUCUGGACUCUUCCAGAACCCACCUCCUCUUCUCCGCUUCUCUACCUUCACAUGAGGACCCAGGGCUACUCUCUCGUCGUGGGAUGUGCAUCGUUGCCGCGCCCUGAUUCCUUUUUUUUUCUCGCUCUUUUGUUGUUUGUUUACGCACUUCCAUAAACGUUUGAUAAUUAACUUAACACUAGCUUACGAUUUUUGUGAAUCACUGUUGUUGUAUGUGACAGUUUAGAUCACAUUAUCAGUCAUCAUUUUAUC